GGAGGGGUGGGGGGGGAAGAUGGGUGUCUGAGUGUUGCUUAUGGGGAGAAUCCUGAACUUCCAAGUGAUUGGCAGGAGUGGGGAGCCUUGAGCCCACAUGCCAUGCCUUAUGGCAGGGGUCGCCAACCUGAGGCCCUCCAGCUGUGGUUGGACUACAACUCCCAUCACCCCCUGCCGUGAUUAAAGUUGGCCGCCUUUGGCCCAGUGCAUGCACUGCUGCUUGCGGAGGGAAUGUCGGUGGAAAUCCUCUCCCUGCUCCCUUUGACGCCAGUCUUGGCCAGUAUUUAAGAAUGCUUUGUGUGGUGCUUAUAUGGAAUUGUACUAACGACGAUGCAAUACCUGCCUGGAACUGCUCCUUGGGAGGCCUGCACGGUCUGUUCCAACAUCCUCGCCUGCCUUGCCUUCCUCUCUGGUCCCCACCUGUGCCAAACGUUAAAUUGCAAACUUCUCACCAGCGUUCUCUCUAAUCUUUUUGAUCUGUGUGCGCAAUGAGUUUUGUUCCGGGUGGCAGUCUCAAGGCAGGGUGUGCGCACCAUGUGCAUGCGGAGUGGGGCCCUCCUGAUUCAGCCUGAGCGGGAUCUGAAAUUAACUGAGCGGGCAUCAGAGAAACUUUGAGACGUUCUAAGCAACUCCGUCUUACAGCCAGUGACUGUGAAGCUUUGAGCCAGACUCAAGAGGGUACCUCAUCCCUUACACAGCCUUUUAGUCAAAGGCAAGGCAGCCGAUACACUAACAGAGGUCUCUACCCCGCUCACCGGACAAAGAAACAUCCACGAGGAUCAGGAUCAGGCCACCAAAGCACCAUCACUGACUACUUCAGAAGCAAAACCCGCCCGUCACAAUGUGGAGUUGACAUGGCGCAAGCCAACAAAAUCAAAGCGGAGAACUCUCUGGCAUCCUCGUUUGUUCACGAUGAAGAAUUCUUAGACAUAGAGGACUCCUGCUCUCUUCUUGGGGGUAAUGGGGAUGUGGCCCCAGUGACUCCUAGGAAAAGGCCACGUUUCUCCCAGAGCACCAACAGCUGCCACACGGACUGCAGUCAAUGGGAUCAAGAUGAUAAACAUUUCUUGGACAGGUUUUCUGAGCAAUCCCCAGACCAUGUUUAUCUCAAACAGGAAGUUGAUGACAUCACACAGGAAGCUAAUGCCAUGGAAGUUGACCCUCUUCCUGACGCAUGUUUUGGCCUCCUGGGAACUGUUAGUUGGGAUGUGCCCCAAGGCCACAUUGAUCAGUUGCCUGAUGAAAUCCUCAGGGAGAUCUUUGCGCUGGCGCCUGCCAUUGAUGUCUUCCAGAACAUCAGCCUAGUUUGUCAUCGUUGGCACCUGAUAGUCUCUGAUCCACAGUUCAUCCCCUGGAAGAAGCUAUACCUUCAGUAUCUGAAGGCGGAAGCCCGGGCCUUAUUGACACUCAACACAAUUCUACACCGAUAUGGCCUAACCCAAGAGCAGAGCCAGUGCAUGCUGGGAUUUAUACGGUGUGUCGCUGCCAUGAAGAGCCGUCGCUGCCGGGACCACAAAGCCAUCCUCACGUGCUUGAAGAGCCACACGCUCUUUCCCAAGGCAGAAAUCUGUGUCGCCAAGAGGCUGCCUGAUCUGGACAGCCCCCAAGAGGGAACCCCAAAUGUUUGGGCUGUGAUGGCAGCCAUUGUCCUCUUCUCUGGAGGCGUUUGUGAUAUCCAAGAGCUGGUGUCUUGCCUUAGGAGGCCCAACUCUACCCUUUCCUUGAUGGACAUCAUUGAGGCCUUGUACUGCAUGGCCACCGUGCUUUAUGCCAUGCGUGAGAAGGGUGUUAAUGUCAGUAACAGGAUUCACUACAAUAUUUUCUACUGCCUGUAUCUCCUGGAGAAUAACUGUGGCAUGGCAGUCGUCAAACCGGCAGUACCCAGCUGCAGCUAUGAAAGAGGCCUAAGUAAUAACCCUGGAAUACAGCCAACCUGCGAACAGCAACAGAUCUUAAAUCAUGCAAUUGCCCCAAGACAGGUUGUGAAAAUCAUGGCAUUUGCAGGCACUGGGAAGACCUCCACUCUGGUCAAGUACGCAGAGAAAUGGUCCAGCCUCCGAUUCCUGUACUUGGCCUUCAACAAGACCAUCGCGGAGCAGGGUGGGAGAGUCUUUCCCCGGAAUGUCACCUGCAAGACGGUCCACUCCUUGGCCUUUUCGGAAGUUGGCAAGCACUACAGCCAGAAAGGCAAGCUGAAUUUUGGCUCUCUGACAUCCUACUGGGUCAGCUUCAUCCUCCAAAACCGCGAGGGACAGUCUCCAUUCAUAAGAGCCAAGACAGUUAUUCAGACCCUCGAAACGUUUUUUGCCUCUGCGGAUCCAUCCAUAACGGUGGAGCAUGCGCCCAUCUGGUGCAAGAACACCAAGGGAGCAGUUGUUCCUGUCCAGGAAGAAGAGAAGAAAAUCAUUGUUAAAGAAGCAAACCAAAUAUGGUCCAAAAUGAAAAUGCUGAGUCCAACCAAAGAGAUGGCAUAUAAGAUGACCCACGAUGGUUACUUGAAGCUUUGGCAGCUUAAAAAGCCUUUUCUUUCAAACUAUGAUGCCAUUUUUGUCGAUGAGGCCCAAGAUUGCACCCCUGCAAUUAUAGACAUUGUCCUUUCCCAGCCUUGUGGCGUGAUCUUAGUCGGCGACCCACACCAGCAGAUCUACACUUUCCGGGGUGCUGUCAACGCUCUGUCUCAAGUGCCACACACCCACAUCUUCUACCUCACACAGAGUUUCCGAUUUGGCCCUGAAAUAGCUUAUGUCGGUGCAACCAUUCUAGAUGUCUGCAAGAAAGUUCGAAACAAGAUGUUGGUGGGGAGCAACCAGGAGGGCAAUGUCAAUAUGGCAGGCAUGGGAGGAAAGAUGGCCCUCUUGUCCCGGAACAACCAGACCAUCUUUGAGGAUGCCGUGAGGCUUACUAGCGGAGACUCCCCAGCUAAAAUACACUUUCUUGGGGGGCUUACAGCCUUUGGCCUUGAGAAGAUCCAUGAUAUUUGGAAGCUCCUCCACCCUGAACUGAGACUCGAAGUGAAGGAUUCUUUUUUUAAGAAGUGGAUUGAGAAGGGCUUUGUGGGGUUGAAGAGUUAUGCGAUGAGCGCUGACGAUAAGCAGCUAGAGAUGAAGAUUGCGAUUGUGGAGAAGUACAGAGACCGCAUUCCCGAGCUGGUGGAAAGGAUCUCCCAGUGCCACGUGCUCGCCCCAGAGGCUGCAGAUUAUGUGUUAAGCACCGUCCACAAGGCCAAAGGGCUUGAAUUUGACACCGUCCAAGUAGCGGACGACUUUGUGAGCGUCCCCUUUGCACGGCAUAAUCUUGGGAGGCUGCCUAACUUCAGUACUGACGCGAUCUCUGAGGAUGAAUGGAACUUGCUCUAUGUCGCUGUGACCCGUGCCAAGAGGCACCUUGUCAUGCCCAAAUUUCUGACCUAUCUCUUGACAUUUGCUGGGGAGUACUAUUUACGGCCUGAGCUGACUAGUGAUGUAUGCAAGGGGACGCCGGUUUGGUGUUGUGUGCGAGGCUGCUGCAAUUCCAUUCCUGCUGAAUCUCUCCUGACCAUGAAGCAAAUGCCUUUUGUUUACAGCGAUGGCACCAAGGACCCCGAAGGCUACCUGUGUCAUGCCUGUGUUGAGCAGCGCAUUGGCCCUCUAGCAUGGCUAACUGUUUCUCCCGAGGUAGUGGAGACCAUGGAGUCCACAGAAGAAGACCUUGAGAUCCCACAGAACAUUAACAUCCUCUUUGCAUGGUUUUAAAUUUGAGACAGCGGCUUAUCAGAGAUGGAAGAAUAUUGCCGAUGGUGCGUUUUUAUUAGAACCCGAGGGAGAGGUGCUCAUCUUUGGAGAACUUUGCUGCUGUGGUCCAAGGAGAGCUGACCCAAGAGAAUGCCCAGAAGACGACCAGUCUGCAGAAAUGUUUUUAAUCAUUAGAAAGGCCAACAUACCUGUUUGCGGUGCUGCUUAGAAGGACUGGGAAAGUUGCUAUGCUCCUCCACCGCUGCCAAAGUUGGUGACUGAUAGGCCACAUUGUCAGUGCUUCCAUCUGCACCCACCGUGAUGGAAAACUCUGCCCAUUGUGCCAUGCUAUAUGGGUGGAGCUUGAUGUGGGAAGAUGGGUGGGGUUUAGCACAACUGAUUGCUGAGAUACCUCUCAGUUUGGGCAGGUAGGGAUAGGCAGGUGAUGGCACAGGACUGUGUGGACCGUGCCACUUCAGAUCGUACCACACGAUCGGAUGCUCCUUCAUAGAAAAGGGGAUUCCCUGCACCUAGGAAAUUCAAUGCCAGGAAAAGGGUUCACCUCCCUGAUAUGUUAGUUUUUCUGUAUACAAGGGAUGGAGCAUCAUUCAGUCGUGUGGGCCCUCACUUGCAGUCUGAGUUGGUACUGUCCAGAUCCAGUGAGCACUAGUCCAUAUGUGGCCCUGGUCUAUAGACCUUUUGUUUUGUUUUGUUUUUGCAUCUCUGUCUUUGUGCUUUGUAGUUUAGAGGAAGCAAAAAGCAUUUUAGCCCAAAGAAAGCAAGAUUAACUUAUUGUUAAUUCACAAAAUAAUGUUUGUAAGCAAAACCUGGAGGUUUAUUUUUGUAUGGGUGAAGUAAACUUGUUUUGAUUACAGGUGCACCUUGUUAUCCGCCGGGGUUGCGUUCUUGCCUACAGCUGUGGAUAACGAGACCUGAAGUCAAUGAGAAUUGACCUGGAGGGAAAGGAUAAAAAGCCUUAAAAGGCAGUAAUAAGAGAAAGGAAGUAAUGUACCAUGCUCUCCAGGUCUCCAGCAUUGCCCCCCCAAACCCUCCAAUUCGGCCAAUUUUCCACACAAAAAAUUGUUGUAGUUUAAAAAAAACCAAAAGAGCCACAAAAUGGCUCCUUUCAAUAAAAUAUUGGCCAGAAAUUACUGUGGAGGUAAUUUCUGGCCACCUAGGAACUGCAGAUACAUGGAUUUUAACCCUUUUGUAAACCACGUAUAACGAGGUCGGGUCUCCAUUUCCUCACCAUGGAUGCACAAAACCACGGGUACUGUGAGUGGCAAGGUCCACCUGUAUAAAACUAUGAAUCUUUCUUAUGAAUCAAAAUCAGAUUGGAAUGCACCUACUUUAAAAAAAAAAAGAAGUCUUCUUUCCAGACCAAGGAAAGGCACAGGAGAAGAAUCUAUCCUUUUCGUGGGAUGCUAACCUUUUAAUGGGACUUCAGAAAACUGCAAAGUUAGUCUCUUUCAUUUGGACAACCUAUUAGGUUUAAAAUGUUUAGACAGUAGCACAUGUGAAAAGGACUGCCACAUUACAGGAAUCAUAGGCUGAGCGUGAGGCAGCAUCAUGAUGCAGCUGCGAAAAAGACUAAUGGGCCAAACCAUGGCCAGCAGCACCCAGAGAUGGUGUUAUCAGGAAACACUUGUCGGCUGGUUUUAAAUUGUUUAAAAUAUAUAUAUUUUUUAAAAAGCCUGUUUUAUGUUGUAAACUGCCCAGAGAUGGAAGUUUGGGGCAACAUGCAAAUUUGAAAUAUAUUAAUAAACUAAUGUGAUUUUAGGCUG